GCUUGGACCAGGAAUCAAACAAGGUGCAUCGAUAGUUGGGAGUGGACAGAAGUGAUCCAGCUGUGAGUGCUGGGUAGGAGACGAAAAAUUACAGUACAGCACAUCCUCACCUGAGGGCAUCAUAGAUAGAGUCUCCAAAGGACCUUGACUUUAAGAGAAGAGGCCUCAGCUUUGGAAACGCUACUGAAGCCAACACUUACAAGUGUUCAACAAACAUGAGCAUGGGGAGUCCAGGCUGUGAACACACAGGCUACACCGUGCACUCACCUCUGUACAUCAGUCACCCCCAUGGUGACGCCAGGAUGGCCUGGCUGGACAAGACUGAGGACAUCAAGCCGCCCCGCAGCUUGUUGGAGCUGCCUGAGCUCGGCUGGCCGGGGGUCUACCUCCCCUGCUAUGAAAGGUUAACCAUAGAGGAGAGCCCCUGGGUGCUGAGGAUGACAGAGGCCCCGGCUCCCGCCGCUCCUCCCUCCAGGACUCCGGAGACGAGCCCGGCCAAGCCCAGCCAACCCCAGGACCCCCCGUCUGAGAUGGAGGGUCAAGUGGAGGAGCGCUGCCUGGAGCAGGUCCAGACCAUGGUGGUGGGAGAAGUGCUGAAGGAUGUCGACACGGCUUGCAAACUGCUCAACAUUGCACCAGACCCGUUGGACUGGAGCAGUGGGCACGUUCAGAAGUGGCUCCUCUGGACCGAGCACCUGCACAGGCUGCCGCAGGUCAGCGCCAUGUUUCAGGAGCUGAGCGGGAGGGAUCUGUGCUCCAUGACAGAAGCAGACUUCAGACAACGCUCCUUGCAGUUUGGUGACAUGCUGUAUGCUCAUCUGGACAUCUGGAGAUCUGCUGCAGCAAUGAAGGAGCGCUGCCCACCACAAGACAGCAAAUCUGCAGCUGAUGAUGAUUCCUGGCCAGAGGUGAGGCGUAGCUACCCCAACCAGCCCAUCCACCUGUGGCAGUUCCUCCGAGAGCUGCUCCUCAAGCCUCAUAACUACAGCCGCUGCAUCCGCUGGCUUAACAAAGAGAAAGGGAUUUUCAAAAUAGAAGACUCAGCUCUCGUGGCCAGGCUUUGGGGCAUCAGGAAGAACCGCCCAGCUAUGAACUAUGACAAACUGAGUCGCUCGAUACGCCAGUACUACAAGAAAGGCAUCAUUCGAAAGCCCGACGUAUCACGCAGACUGGUCUACCAGUUCGUCAACCCCGUAUGAUGAAGACGAUCGGCCGAUUGAAACGAGCUGAGAGGAACCAAAGAUAUGCUGGACAUACAGUAGGAGUAACACGAACUCUGAAGCUCGAUCGCUCAUCGCAGAUGUUUCAUUUCAAUUGUAAAGACUGCCUACUGAACUAUGCACUCCUGCCUAGCAUCACUCUACUUUAUUAUUCCUAAUACUGAUUUUAUUUUAUUUGUCUUUAGCACUCUUGUUUGAAAUGUACUUUUUGGUGUGAUAUUUGGUUUCUCGAAAGGACGCGUAUGUCUUCUAACUAUGGAAACAUUUAAAAGAAAUAAUGCUUAUUUGCUUUCUUGCCUUGAGUUAGAUGAGAUGGAUAUCCGUACAGUACAUAUGUAGCUAACCAGCUGCUGGCUCCAGCUACAUAUUUAACAUAGCCUGUGAGAGACAUCAAUAACUCUCGGCAAGAAAGACAACUAACGUUAUUUCCCAAAAUGUCAAACUAUUCCUUUAAAUCCUCUUUUUUUAACAAUGACACUUCCUGUUAUUCCCAUUCAAGUGUCAGAAUAUUUAGAAGUUGCAGAGCAAUGCCAAAGUAAGUGAAUAUUUUAUUAAACCUGCCUUAAUGGAUAAUCCUUUUGACAUUUCUAUCUUUGGGAUUUGUUCAGGAUCCAGAAUAAAGCAAUAUAUUACCAAAUGUUGUCUCCUUUAAAAGGUGCUAAAUGCAAGAUUGGGAGCAUUUCUAUUGCCUCCGCACAACGGCUCACAACAUGGCGAUGGCUGCUACCAUCUCUAAAACUAUGGCAACACUGAUGACAGAGCUAACAGUGUUAACCAAAGGGUGGGUGCUUCGCUUCCGCAACGGCGCCGUCGGUUUGGACGGCGUUGUCAGCCGUAACCGCCGUAUGAGAGCAGUUCAGAGUGGCGGUUGUGAGCUAGCCAGUGGGGCACGCUCACAUGCACUAAUAGCAUGCGCGGCUGG